GUUCGAGCCGCCAUGUUCCACAGCAGAAGAAGAAGACUCACGCUGUCCGGAGAUAGCAGCACUACUGACAUUUAAUGUACCAACUAGAGUGACUUUAUUAAACUACCGACAUUCAAAUCAAACACUUUGAGCUCCGGAGCCUUUGUGUUUGUUGAGUUAUUAGCCAAACAGCUGAUUGUAAAAUUAAAACCCGCCAUUUUACCGGGUUUUGUCCUCGGGUUAGCUUCACCCGGUUAGCAUUACCAACAACCAGACCGGAAACGCUCCCGGUGUUCGUCCGCUGCUGUCAGACCUCCAGCCGCCCGGGGGCUUCAUGUUCAACCACCUAUCCGCUGCCCUCGCACUGCUCCCCCGCCGCCUCCUCUCCUCCUCCCCGAGGACUCUGCCCGGAGCCCGCCGCCGCCUCCUCCUCCUCCUCCUCCGCAUGGAGCCGGCCGCGGUGCGCUGCCUCCCCGGGGAGCCCAAACUCACCAUCUCCUUCCGUCUGGACGGGAGCCACAGACACAUGCUGCGGGACCAGGACGAGCCGCUGGGCACGCUCCUCACCCGGAUCUCGCACAACUUCGUGAAGGGCCGAGGAAAGGCAAAGAAGUGUAAGAAGAACAAGGGGCAGCCGCCGGUGGAGGCCCCGGAGCCCGCCGUGGUGAAGCUGUUCUACGACGGGGACGAGGUGGCCCACACGGUACCGAACUCGGAGGCGUGGCGGGACGGAGCGGUGCUGCAGGUCGGGGACGUUAAAUACUCGGUGCAGAGGAAUGCACCGGCUCUCAUUACCGCCGAGCUCCCGGGGUCCCUGCUGGCCGGGUUCCCCGUGUGUCCCAGACUGGAGGUGGAGUUUGGGAACCUGCAAGACUGCGAGUUCAUUUGGUUUAAAGAAGAAGCCUCAAACACAAACACAGACACGAGUUCUGAAGCUACCGGAGAAGUUCCAGGUCAGGAGGUCGGUUGGACCGAGAUAGGAUGCGGUAGAGUCCACGUCCCGUCCAAUCAGGACAUCGGCUACAGGCUCAAACUGCGCUGCACGCCCAGAGACGGAGGACGCAGCGGCUCGCCCAAGGAGCUGGUCUCUGUGGGCGCCGUAGAGGCCGGACCGGGCGUGUGCACGUUCGACAACCGACACGCGUACACUGUCAAAGAGGCGGAGUGGCCGUCUGUGAGGGUGGUGUCCUACAACAUCCUCGCUGAUAUCUACGCCCAGACCGAACUGUCCAAGAACGUGCUCUACCCGUACUGCGCCCCCUACGCCCUGCAGCUGGACUACAGACAGAACCUGAUCAAGAAGGAGCUGGCCGGAUACAACGCUGACAUCGUCUGUCUGCAGGAGGUCGACAAAGUGGUGUUCACAGACAGUCUGACUCCAGCUCUGGAUGCCUUCGGUCUGGACGGUGUUUUCAGGGUGAAAGAGAAGCAGCACGAAGGACUCGCCACUUACUACCGCAGGUCAAAGUUUCAGCUGCUGAGCCGUCAUGACAUCAUGCUGAGUGAGGCGUUGACCUCUGAUCCCAUCCAUUCGGCGCUGCUGGAGAAGGUUUCUGCUAACAGCGCACUGAAGGACAAGAUCCUGAUGAGGUCCACUGCUCUGCAGGUCAGUGUGCUGGAGGACCUGAAUAAACCAGGCAGGAAGGUGUGUGUGGCCAACACUCACCUGUACUGGCACCCGAAAGGAGGGAACGUUCGCUUGGUCCAGAUGGGCGUGGCUCUGAAACACCUGAGUCAUGUGAUCAACGAGGUCGCACCUGGAGCCCCUCUGGUCUUUUGUGGUGACUUCAACUCCACCCCGAACUCGGGUGUGUUCCAGCUGGUCAGCGAGGCUGUGGUUCCUCAGCAGCAUCCAGACUGGAGCAGCUCGGGGCCGGAGGAGUCCUGCAGUAUGGAGCUGCUCUCCACCUUCCCUCCGCUGCUGAGCGCCUGCAGCCAGCCGGCCUACACUAACUACGUGGGAGGAUUUCACGGCUGCCUGGACUACAUCUUCAUACAGCCGGACAGCAUGCAGGUGGAGCAGAUGAUUCCUCUGCCGACCCACCAGGAGGUCACCACCUACGAGGCCCUUCCCAGCGUGGCUCACCCCUCGGACCACAUCGCCCUGAUCUGUGACCUACGCUGGGACCCCUAACCUCCGACCUUUGACCUCAAACCACCUAUACAAGAGACACUGGAGAGCUGGGCCGUCGGUCGCUCCUGUAAAUGCAUUUUACAGGAGCGAAGUCUGAGCGUGGAGAAAUAAUCUCACACACUGUCUUAAAGUACAAUAUGAGAUGUUGUGAUUAAGUUCAUAUUGUAUUAUUAAAAGUACAACUAUGUAUAACUCAUGAAUUUUAAUUACUGAUAUUCAGUGUUUGGGUUGGUACUUUAAAAAGUAAUUGAUUGCACAUUGCCGUUAGUUUUCUUUAAUGAUUUUGGUUGCAUUACUGUGUCUACUCUUCAAUUAUUGGCUCCAAUAACUAAUUGCAUGGUUAAUAAAUAAAUAUUAACAUUUUAAAAAGGUUUUUAUUAUUAUGUUUUCUUUGGCCAAACAAGUUGCUCAGUGGUCUUUUAAGUUAUUUAAUAAAGUUUGAGUCUAUGCAUGA